AUGCAAUUGCAAAUUGAAAGUACCAGCACACCAGCGUGUAAGAAAAAAUCCCAACCAGUCACUACUAGGACCCCUUUGUUAAAAAAAUUUGGUGAAAAAGUGACUAAAGCAGUUAUUGAAAAUACUAUCACGUCAUCGGCGAACAAUUUUACCGAUCAGGAGACUGCAAAAUCAGAUGAAUGCAUGCUAUCAGAUGACGUCGAAAAUUACUUUGUGCCAAUAAAAAAGCCUACUAUUAAAGAAAUAAUUAAAGCUUGCAGACCAGUUGCGUCCUCGGAAAAUUCGGAAAAAAGUGCAGCCGCGUCGCAGGAAAACGAAGUAAACUGCAGUUCAUUAGAACAGUCCGUUGUGAACGAUUCCGGCUUGCAUGGAGAUUUCCCUACCAUCAUAAACACUGAUGUAGAGGACUUAGACGUGUCAGGUGUUGUCGAUCAAGUCGAUUGUGUUGACGAUCCUGAGGAUUCUGAUUACACGCUUUCUGAAACUGAAGUGUCAGAGUCAGAAGAUAGCGAAAUUUCUGACAAGGAAAAUAAACAUGUUGAAAAAGGUGCGGACGUGUUUACAUUUUCAGCUGACGAAGAAGAUGAAAGUGAAGAAGAACAAGAGACAAUAGAUCGUGUGUAUGUCAAAGAAACUCAAAAAUCGAACGGAGGUGAAAGAUUGUAUGACAGCAGGCAUGCUUGCCUUUAUUGUGGUCUUAUGCAGCCAAAACUGAGUCGUCAUCUGUUAACACAUAUUGUGGAAGAAGAGGUAAAAAAGGUGAAGGAUUUAGCAUUAAAAUCGAAGGAGAGGAAACAUCUUCUCAAAGCGCUUCGUUUAAAGGGGGACUUUUACCACAAUAUAAAAGUGCUGAAGACGGGUGGUGAAAUGAUAGUGGCUCGACGUCCUCCCAAGGGAGUAAAAUCCCAACCAAGUGAAUAUUUGCCUUGUAAAUAUUGUUAUGCUUUCCUACACCAAGCACAAUUGUCAAGGCACUGUCGAAACUGCAGUUUUAAAGACAUGAAAAGUUGUGAGCAGGAAAACAUUAUCAAACAGUCAGAACUGCUGAUCUACCCCAACAGGGCUAUUCCUGGUGCAAGUCUAGAUUUGGAGGAGUUUGUUAUUAGGAAAAUGAAGAAGGAUGAGUUAACUGAGCUUGUCAAAAAGGAUUUCAUCAUCGUCACUUAUGGAUCCUUUUUGAUAAGUGGCAAAGGAAGAAGAGCAACAGGAGAGGUUUCGCAAAGAAUGCGAAUUUUGGCCAGACUUUUGCAAAAGUUGCAAGAAUUGAGGCAAAAUGUAGAUGGUGGUUUGAUUGCCUUUAUCAAACCUCAGUAUUUCGACGAUGUCUGCGAAUGCACAAAGCUUCUUGCAGGGUACAAAAGCCAGAAUGCUGAUGGAGAAAUGGCGCCAUGCUUUGAGACGCCCAGUCUUCCGUUAAAAUUGGGAUACACAUUGGAUAGUGUAUGCAACCUAUUGCACGGCUACGGCCUAAGAACGAAUGACGAUGUCCUCAUCAAAAACGCCAUCAAUUUUUUGAAAUUGUAUCAGACGGAGUGGCCAGUGAGGAUUUCGUCAGCGUCACUUUGGACACUGGCAGAAAAUAAGUUUAAUAAAACGGAUGUUCUGCCAUUAACCUCUGAUUUACUAAAGUUGAAGGUGUUUUGUGAAAAAGAAAUUGUGCGUCUUUGCGCCGAUUUAAAGAAAAAUGUCACAGUGGAUGUUUGGAGGCAACUUGCUGAAAUAGUUAUCACAAGGCUGACCGUCUUUAAUAAGCGCAGAGGAAAUGAACCCGCCAGCAUAUUGUUAAAACGCUACGCUGCUAGAAAUGACAGAGAGAAAAUCAUGCAUGAUGACAUUGCCGAUUCUCUGUCUCCAAUUGAAAAGAAAUUAAUUGAUAGAUUAGAAAUUGUUCAUGUGAGAGGAAAGAGGGGCAGACAAGUGCCAACUUUAUUAACGGCAGAUUGUGUUGCUGCGAUUGAUCUAUUGGUCAAGAAAAGAGAAAAAGUCGGAGUAGCGGCAGGAAACAAAUACCUGUUUCCAACUCCAACCAGGCAGUCAUUAAAUCCUCUUCGAGGUUAUCAAUGUAUCAAUGAAGUAGUGAAGAGAGUUGAAGGUCUGGAGAAACCGGAUUUAGUGAAGAGCACUAAGUUGCGGAAGUAUAUUGCCACCGUUAACGUACACAAGGAGUACUAUCGCCUUCACGACUCUGCGAUAGAACUUUCCAAAGUGAGUCGAUUGCUGUUAGCAAUCGAUUCUGGUAAUGGAAAAGAACUCGUCGGAAGAUCUUUAAAGGAAAUUACGUUGAACGAUUUGCCAUCACCAGUAGACGAAGAUUUAAAUGAAGAAGAUGUAAAUGAAGAAGAUGUAAAUGAGGAAGAUGUUGAGCAUUUUUCAGAUCACGAGAAUACAGCAGUUUCUGAAACAAGGAAAAUCGUGAAAAUCAUUGCUCCAAGAAAAUCAAACAGAAAUUGGACGCAGUGGUCUAAAGAAGCAAGCGCUGUCGUACUAAAAAGAUGCCACAGUUUUAUUGUGGGCGACUUGCUGCCAGGAAAAGCUCUAUGUGAAAAGAUUAUUGAAGAAAACCAAGGCUUGCUUCAAGGUCGUUCCUGGAGAAACAUUAAAGAUUUCGUGCUAAAUCACAAAAGAAACGUGUCGAAAAAAAUGUCAGAGAAAUGAUUUAAUAUAUAAAUAAGGGAAUAUGUAAUUUAGAAUACUGUAAAUACUCAAUUAAGUCAAUUAAAGGGCUUUUUCUAAAGGUGGGGUUUAUUGAAAAAGGUGGUUAUAGAACAAGAGUUAACUUAAUCCUGUGCACUUAUUCUUUUAUAACAUGUUAGUGUGAAAUUUCAGUUUAAAAAUAAAAGGUAUAUAAGUAAAGGCCAGAAUACACUUGUAUAAUAUCAUUAAACAUAUUUUAAAAUACAGUUAUAAUUUUUCUACAAUAUACU